AUGCAGAGAAAGAGGUUCAGGGUGUUGAAGGACGGUGAGAAGCCACUUCAAACCAAGACGACGAACGUUAGGACGGCACUGCCGGAUCCGGUGGUUGAAAGACCUGCAAGUAAGAAGAUAUCUGUAAGCUCAAGGAAACGCAAGGCAGCCUCGGGACAAGGCCCCGAUAAGAGAAAGAAACGCAGUCCCUCGACGUUGUUUGAUUCUGAGGAUGUCCGAAUCAAGGUGAUGGAUCCUAGUAAUGACUUGAAGAAGAUCAACGGCGCCCGCUGCACUGAGAGCGAGCUUGAGGAGAGGUCGCCACCUGGGCGGCUAUCGUCGGUUGAGGAGGAAGAGAAUUCUCUCCAGAUAGAGGACUUUGAUCAGCCUCCUCAGUCGACCUCUACGCCAGUGCUGCAGCCCGCAAACAGGUACCGAGAAGAGGGAAACAGCAGCCUUUUUCUGGUGAACCAGCCAGGUUUCAUAUCUCCGGUUCUUUAUCAGCCCAAUGCCUAUGUCUACCCAGGAGGCUCUCCGCAAGGCUCGCCGUUCAUCAGCAGGCCCUUCGUGGAGCAGAAUGGAUACCCAAUACCGCUGUUUGCUGGAGAUUUUCAAUACACGCCGUCGCAACCGCCGCCAGUGGCAAGGCUGCCGGAUGAUUCUCACUUAUACGGAUACGAUCCUCAUAGGGGAUCGAUGAGCAAGCAAGGCCCGAGAUAUCAGACAACGUAUCCGAUGGACAAUAUCGGAUAUCAGCCGUAUCGACUGCAUUGCUAUUCAAGAAGCACUCGGCCUGUGCUCUACCGCGAUACUGUCUUCCCAGGCAGCAGCAAUACGGGAAGCUAUAAAUCUAGCGGCGGAGAAGCUACAUAUCCAGAUAGCAGUCAGAGCCUGAAAAGGUCUGGCAGAGGCGGUAGUGAAGCAUUUUCAUAA